AUGGACGGAGAACCGUUCAUAGCAGACGUCAGGGUGAACGGCACAGACUUCGUGCCAUCUCUUGUCGACUAUGGCUGCCUCUGCUACGGCGCGGUUAGCAAGCGCACAUUUCACUCUCUCCAGUUGCCACAUAUACGCGUUCAGCCGCGUAUCUUGGAGAACGCAGCCGGAGACGGCAAGGAGGUCAAAAUCGACAAGAUCACGUAUGUGUCGAUCGACCUCGAUGGACAUCAGCAGCAUCGUGUCUUCAUGUACGUCAUCGACGAUCUGAACUGGGAUAUGAUCCUGGGUAAACGAUGGAUGGAAGACCAGGAUGUUCACAUCCAUGCGAAGGAAGGAUAUCUCGAGAUCGGGUCCAAUGGAGUUCAACUGCCACCACAGUACCACAAGUGGUCUCGAGCUUUCUCUCAGCAACUGGCCGACCAGCUGCCCCCUCAUCGGCCAGCCCUACCCUGGGGACCGCUUUACAGCAUGUCCCGCGAGGAGCUAUUGGUACUACGGAAGACUCUCACAGAACUACUCGACAAGGGAUUUAUUAGAGUCAGCAGCUCGCCAGCCGCGGCACCAGUCCUUAUGAGGGACCGCUAUCCCUUGCCCUUACUGAGCGAGACCUUGCGAACGAUAGCCAAGGCAAGGUGGUUCACCAAGACAACUUUCAGAACGCGCUAUGGAUCCUUCGAAUGGCUGGUAGUUCCAUUCGGCCUGACAGGCGCACCAGCAGCCUUUCAGCGGUACAUUAACAGCGCGCUCCAGGAUUACCUAGACGAUUUUGUGUCAGCAUAUAUCGACGAUGUCCUGAUCUUCUCCUCUGGAAGCCUGCAAGACCACCGCGACAAGGUCGGCAAGGUCCUCCAACGACUGAUGGACGCCGGGCUGCAACUGGAUAUCAACAAGACGGAGCCGCUAACGCGGCUAACGAAGAAGGACGUGCCAUUCCGUUGGGAUGAAUUGUGCGAAGAAGCCUUCGAGAAGCUCAAGGACCUGUUGAUCACGGCCCCGAUCCUUGCACACUUCCAUCCAGAAAGGAGACUAUCGUGGAAGCAGACGCUUCAGGAUUCGCGUCGGGAGGCAAACAUUCGGCAGCCGAAGCGAACUACGCUAUCCAUGACAAGGAGCUACUCGCCAUUCUCAGAUGUUUGGAGCAGUGGGAACCAGAGCUACGGGCAGUAG